AAAGACUGGCAUCUGGUGACUGCUAAACCGUUGAGCGUGGAAAAGUCGAGAUACUGACAACUCUGUGUCUAAUAAAGUCUGUAUUUCGAUUUCUUCAACAUUUGCCUUUCGAAUCGUUAUUUUUUUUUUUUGGCUGCAACCUGAGAUGAAGAAAUGAACGGAAAAGAAGAAAACAAUCAUUCUUUCUUCUACAGAUCCAGAUGGGUCGUCGUCUCCUCCUCUGUCUCUCCUCUUUCUCGCUCCUCUUCUUCGUUUCCUUACAAAAUUUCUCGCUGGUUCAUGGCAAAUCUAAUCGCACGCGGCCCUCUCUCACGCCCAUCAACCGGGAUCUCUACCACCUCAGUGAUGACUUGAUGAAACAUGUAAAGGAUUUGGUCCACCGUCACCCGGACAAGCUUAGUAUAGAGACAAUUAGAACUGGAAAUAAAGGCUACCGUGCUGAGAUCACAGUAGUUACUUAUUGCCGGGGUAGGAGAGACAUUGAUGACAGGUCAAAGUUUCGAGCACUUCUUAGUUUUGGUCAGCAUGGAAGAGAGCUCAUCACAUCUGAACUUGCAUUGCGGAUACUUUCCAUCUUAAGUGAAGAGCAGUUCCUGCCCAACAUGGAUCCUAUUUCCCUAAACAAGACCCUUGAGAAGCUUGUCAUAAAGGUGGUGCCGAUGGAAAAUUUGAAUGGGCGGAAACUUGUUGAAGCAGGAGACCUUUGUGAGAGGAGAAAUGGUAGAGGAGUUGAUCUCAACCGAAACUGGAGUGUAGAUUGGGGCAAAAAGGAAAAGGAUUAUGAUCCAUACGAAGAAAAUCCAGGAACUGCCCCUUUUAGCGAGCCUGAGAGUCAAAUAAUGCGGAAAAUCUGCAAAUCAUUUGAACCACAUGUUUGGAUUAAUGUGCACUCCGGAAUGGAGGCUCUAUUCAUGCCAUAUGACCAUAGAAACAAAACACCAGAUGGAUUGCAUUCCCUUCGAAUGAGGUUGUUGCUUGAAGAACUCAACAAACAUCACUUCCAUAGACGUUGCAUGGUUGGGUCUGGAGGGGGCUCUGUCGGGUAUUUGGCACAUGGGACAGCGACAGAUUUCAUGUAUGAGGUUGCGAGGGUGCCUAUGGCUUUUACUUUUGAGAUCUAUGGAGAUGGAGCAGCCUCAGCAAAAGACUGCUUCAAAAUGUUCAAUCCCAUCGACCUAACCACCUUCAAUGGUGUUCUCAAUGAUUGGUCUGCUGCUUUUUUCACAAUCUUCAAGAUGAUGCCACGCCUGCUUGAUGAAAACAAUAGGAAGGCUGUUGCAUCCAAUUCAGACAAUUUGAUAUCUAUAAAUGAGUACCUCGAUGGUUACUUGAUAGAGAGAAGCAGUAGAUAUGGGAAGAAGACAGAGGUGCUUGACCUUGGAAUGCAGGAGAUAAGGACAUAUUUUAGGCUCUUUUUGUUAUCUUCAGUGUUGUUGAUGUUUAUGUUCUGCUCUAGAAUUUCAAAGAGCAAGAAUAGUAGACCAAUUGUUUCUGCUAUGUCCCCUUGACAGAUUUUUCCUGGCCCUGUCCUGAUUGUUUGCUUAGCGAGAAAACGAGAGAAAGACAAAGGGAGAGAAAUUGAAUUCUUGAUUUGUAUAAAUAUCCACAAUUUUGGCUUUUACAGAUCAUGGUCAAGUUGUUUGCA